AUGAUUUGAGGGAUACCGAGUCCAUUGAGGUGACGCCGAAAUGAACCUCCCUGUGCAAUGGAUGGUCCCAGUGAAGAAGAACCUUCUUCGAGCGACAGGCUAUCCCAGUCCGAAUUCACUGAUCUGUCUUCGCUUUCAACCAUAAAUUCUGUAAAGGCGUUGAGAUUUUAUGGGCUCAGUCGAGAGGAAUGGAAUGAGAUAUUGUUUUGA